AAUGAUUUUGAUCCAGUUGUGGCAAAGGAUGUGAAUUCCUAUAACAUUGUUUGCUGGCCUAUUACACUGCUGUACAAGGCGAGAAAUGCAUUAUAGAUGCACUGAGCUGUGGCUCGCUGGCUCUGUGAGGGUUAAACUCACAUGGGCUGCAGUCGCUGGAGGAGCCUGAGUGAAAUCAGCCCCUGCCCCUGCUCCCGCUCCCGUUCACAGUCACAGGCGCCGGCCGGCCAGCAGGCACUCACACUGUGAGCAGGUAGAGGAGAGAGGUACCGAGAGUAUUCCUGGCUACUCUCAAGAGUCUACUUGUUGAUUCGCCCCGGGAGGGGUGGACAGGGCAGACUGGACAUGGGGAUGUCUGUGUAAAACAACUAUAUUUUUUGACAUGUCACUACGUAGCUCAUGAUGCCUCCAUCAGCACACAGCAGAGCGCCGGAGACCUGGAUGGAUAUAUGUUUUAACGCGUUUACUCUUGAAAUGUCGCUGAUGUCCGUCCAUGAGAUGAAUCGGUAUAUAAGGAAGACACCCACAAGACGAAGCGAGGGGGACCCUGAUGUGGUCUUCUACAGGCCCAUGUCUUCUUAAUCUAUCAGGCUGUAUCUUCCAGUCCUUCCAAGUGACCGAGUGACUUGAGUGAAGAUGAUCAAAGCGGGGUCUCGGUCGGCCACCUCGCUGCCACCGGAUACGAUGGACAUCAUCCGCAGCAAGACCCACACCCGCCGAGUGAGGCUCAACGUCGGGGGUCUUAUCCACGAAGUCCUGUGGAGGACGCUGGACCGGCUGCCCCGCACAAGACUGGGCAAACUGAGAGACUGCAACACCCACGACUCUAUCAUGGAGAUAUGCGACGACUACAGCUUGGAUAACAACGAGUACUUUUUCGACAGGCACCCCGGCGCCUUCACCUCCAUUCUGAACUUCUACCGCACCGGAAAGUUGCACAUGAUGGAGGAGAUGUGCGCCCUCUCGUUCAGUCAAGAGCUGGACUUCUGGGGCAUCGACGAGAUCUACCUGGAGUCCUGCUGCCAGGCCAGGUAUCACCAGAAAAAGGAGCAGAUGAACGAAGAGCUUAAAAGAGAGGCCGAGAACAUGAGGGAGAGGGGAGGAGAGGAGUUUACAACCACAUGUUGUUCUGAAAAGAGGAAGAAACUCUGGGACCUCUUGGAGAAGCCAAGCUCAUCAUUUGCUGCUAAGAUCCUGGCAAUUAUCUCCAUCCUCUUCAUUGUGUUGUCUACCAUUGCCUUGUCGCUGAACACCCUUCCAGAGCUGCAGGACACAGAUGAGUUUGGCCAGUCCUCAGACAACCCACAACUGGCCCAUGUGGAAGCUGUGUGUAUUGCCUGGUUUACCAUGGAGUACCUGCUUCGCUUCCUCUCCUCCCCCAACAAGUGGAAGUUCUUUAAGGGUCCUCUGAAUAUUAUCGACCUGCUGGCCAUCCUGCCCUACUACGUUACCAUCUUCCUGACAGAAUCCAACAAGAGUGUGCUGCAAUUUCAGAAUGUCCGUCGAGUGGUUCAGAUUUUCCGGAUCAUGCGUAUCCUGCGUAUUCUGAAGCUGGCUCGUCACUCCACAGGUCUUCAGUCUCUGGGCUUCACUCUUAGGAGGAGCUAUAAUGAGCUGGGCCUGCUCAUCCUUUUCUUGGCCAUGGGCAUCAUGAUAUUCUCCAGUCUGGUCUUCUUUGCAGAAAAGGAUGAAGAGGACACUAAGUUCAAAAGCAUCCCAGCUUCCUUCUGGUGGGCUACCAUUACAAUGACAACAGUAGGCUAUGGAGAUAUCUACCCAAAAACUCUACUGGGAAAGAUAGUUGGAGGUUUGUGCUGCAUCGCCGGAGUACUGGUGAUAGCCCUGCCUAUCCCCAUCAUUGUGAAUAACUUCUCUGAGUUCUACAAAGAGCAAAAGAGGCAGGAGAAAGCCAUCAAAAGAAGGGAGGCUCUGGAGAGGGCUAAGCGAAAUGGUAGCAUUGUCUCUAUGAACAUCAAAGAUGCAUUUGGCCGCAGUGUAGAGCUCAUGGAUGUAAUGGUGGAAAAUACUGAUGAAAAGAAGGAGAAGGUGCACGAUAAUCAUGUGUUUCCUAGUCAGCUGAAAGGGACACCCAAACUCAAGUCACAGAUGAGCCCUAGCAGCCCCACCAAGACCCUCAAAUCAAUCCACCAAGAGCAGGCCAAGCCCUCUAGCAGCCCUCAGGAUCUCAGCGCACAGAAACUGGAGGAGAUGUACAACAAGAUGACCAAGACCCAGUCACAAUCCAACCUCAACAGCAAGGAAAAAGGGCCGCUGUCCAAAGCAGUCAGGCAGACAGCUGAAUUUGAGAUGGAAAACAUCCCUGCUGAAGCUAUCUCAAGCACAGUAGAGGCAGUUACAGACAUGAGGAGCAUGUCCAGCCUUGACAGCUUCAUCAGCUGCGCCACUGACUUUCCCGAGAGUUCUCGCUAUUCCCACAGCCCUGUCAGCAACAUACCAGGAAGGGUCAGCACCAACCCCAGCCUGGAGCCCACCAUGGAGAAUGAGCAUGAAGGAUCCCAGGGCACCACUACACCCCUGAUAGGACAAGCCACCAAGCCAGGCCUGUAUUCUGACAACCCCAGGGGUCUGCACUUCAACAAGCCACUCAAAAGCCACUCACUCAAGGUCAACUUCAGAGGUGGGGAGGAUUCAGGGACAGGGGCCCUCUCAGACAGCUCGUCAGUCCAGAGUCCUGAGGUGUCUGUCUACACAACUGCCAGCAGCAGGACACCCAGCAAGACCCCAGAGAAUUUACUGCCCGGCAUCUUCAUGUUCCACGAUGCAUCCAUCAAUAAAUUCAUUGAUGCAGACACAGAUGAAGAGGAGCACCUGCAUGAUGGUACAGGCACCAACCCAUCCCAAAGACUCAUGGAAAAAGCCAGCCCCAAGUCUGGCCAUCACUCCAGCAUCCAGCAAGGGUCCAACCACAUGGAGGAUCUGCAGAGGAAGCUGGGGAACAGCACACUGCAGCUGGAAGGGCAGGAGAACCAUGUGGCUCAGGAACUACAGCCACUUCAGGGAGAGAAGAGUCACUCUAAUGCUUAAAGUUAGACCACAGAGGAAACAUACAGGACAGGAGGAAGUGAAAAAGGGAAAUAAGAAGCACAGUGAACUAAGCAAAACUGAACUUCCCAAAAAUAUGAAAGACACUGAAAACAUUUGCAGGAACAUUUGAUGAAUUACAAUACAAUACAAAAUGCUUCUCCAAUGAAAAUACAAUAGUUGUGGACAAUGGGAAAGACAUUUGUCUUUUGCUGUCAAACUUUUUCCUACCAAGGACUCCUGAAUAAAUAAAUUUAGCAAAAGACUCUGAUCUAAGAGGUUUUAAAAAUAGCAAGGAACACCCGUCUGAUAAUUUUUACUAUUUAUACAUUUGUUUUAGCCCGGAUUAUCAUCUAAUAAUUACAGCCUGGUUGUAAGAGUACAGAAUAUCAUUUUUAUAAGCAAAAACCUAUUUUUCUGACAUCCCAGGAUACCACUUUAAAGCCACUAUAGCAAAAGCUGUCCAAUCAGUAGCAAACCAGAGGGCAUUGAAUCAUGGCACUGCAAACUGGGAAACUCAUUCAAAAGUUCAAAUAGCUACGUUGUAGGGUGAAGGUGGGUACUUACAUUUUUCUUAAAGCUAUGGUUAUACAGUGCAUAAUUAUGGCAUUACAAAGGCAACCGUGUGUUGGGGAAAUGUAUAGUUUGCUUCCUUUAAAUUCCUUCCUCAAAACUGGCCUUAGUCACCCAUGUUUUAUGUUUGUGUUUGUAUGAGUGAGAAAGAGAGACAGAUAGACAACACAUACAUAUUAUAAGUGUGUGUAAUGAUUAUCUUUCAUGUACAGUAUAUAUUUAUUGUUAUGUAGCGUUGUUGGUCUCUUGUCUUAAGUGUGAACUUGAGGAGAAUCAAGUGUUUCAGCCUGUUUCUGUUCAACAGGAGUUUAGUGUCUUGCUUGUCGGGAUUUUUUAUUUUAUUUUUUUUAACUGCACAGAAUACAUUUCGACAACACAGAGAGACACUGUGAAGCUGCAUCCAUCGAUUUCCUUCUUGUUUCCAUUGUGCCCGACUGCUGGCAAGAGAGAGCACCUUGAUAAUUAUUUUUUUAAGAACACAGAAAAAAAACCUCUUUAUUCUUGUUUGUUUACUUAUUUUGAUUGUUUCUAAAUGUCUCUGUGUGUCCCUCAGAUUGGUGUAAUCAGAGUUAAUUUUGAAUCUGGGGAAAAUCAAAAAAGUCUUGUGUCAUUUCAAAACUUUCUCAAAGGUGUUUCGGAGGAGUCAUCAUUCCUAUUGUAGCUGAUAAUCUGAACUUCAUAUAAAAUGACUUAUGAGCAUCACUAUAACUAGAAAGACAGCACUGAAAAUCAUAGAGAUUUUCUAUGUUGAACCUCCAGUUUUGUAGGAGUGUGAAUAUUGUAUAAGUAUAACUACAAAAGUAGAAUAUUACAAAAAACACAUUUAUUGUACAAGGUAAAGAAUCAAAAAUAAUUUAUAUUUUUAAGAUAUUUUCUAAAAGAAUGGACUCUUAGACAAAUAUAUAGUGCUAAUCUCAUAGUUUUGCAUUUCGAUAAAUACGUAGUGCAUUAUUUUGAUGGAGUUGCAUUUAUUAGACGAUAUACUGUAGUAGACACAUUUGUAUUGUUUGCUACUGUCUACCUGUAAAUGUCUGUCCCUCAGACAUUGUCCCUCUCUCCUUUGUGCAAUGUGAAGAACCAAAGAAUUGUUCUUUCUGAUAACUCAAACAAUUGAUGUAAGUUUUACUGUUGUAUUUCAAAAUGUUAGAAAUUGAAGCAUUCCUUUUCUGAACAGCAGAAUCUGACAUAUUUCAGGGAGCCAUACUUGCUCAUUUGGUACAAACAUGUAAGCUGGACAAUGCACAGAUGAGAGGACUGGCCUCUGAAGGAGAAAGCUGUUGACAGGGAAUGAAAAGAAAGGAAAGAAGGGAAAUUAUGAGACAACACAGCACUUUAUUUUACAUCCGUUUCCAAAGCUAAUUUGAUUAUUUACACACAGUGGAUCUUCGCAAGUGGUUCCCCUCCAGAAAUCCAAAACAUUAUGCUCAUAUGAUUUCACAUGACAUCUCUUACAAACAUAAAGCGACCUAGCAGCUACGCACGCACAGCUCGCAUGGAGACAGCAUGGAGGUACCUUGUGUGUCUGUAGGCCACUUUAGUUCAACCAAAUAUCCUGCAUUCUGCUUUUCUGUAUGCACCUGGCUCCAAACAUAUGACCAAUCUGGGUGUUUAUCAUACAUACUGGGUGGUUAUCAUUACAAGCUCUCAUGCUCUUUGUUACAUUAAUAAAACAAGCAUGGUUUCAUAACAUUAUUAACUUUACAACAUAUCAUGCAAGCAUGCAGCAUGCUUUUUAGUAGUGAAUCUUUACGCUUUAAAAAAUAGUAUUUACUCUGUAUGGUUGUUUGCAAUCAUUAGACAUAGUAUGUUAGAUAUUUCCAUGCCUUUUCUUUUAACAAAUGCCUGCCCCACACACUAAAUUUGUCACUGUGCCCUGUCUAAUGGAGCCCGAAUGACAAUUAAACAAACUGUACAGCAAAUAAACACACAGAGAACUGGGUCAUCAUGCUGUCAUGACUGAUACAUUAGAUAUCCACACCACUCCCUCUAAUGUCUUUCCUGUGCACUUACACUUAAAUGCACCAAACAUUUACAUGAAAAAGGCCCAAUCCAUAAAAACACACAGGUGCAAGACUCACUCAGCAGAGUGAACAACCACUGUUUCCAUGGUGAUGACUGCAUGGCUCACAUUUGAUGCAAGCAAGCAUCCUAAUAUGUAGAGAUGGAGUCCUUAAAGACUCAAGUAACAUUCUAAAUAUACACAGCGUUUACAUUCUGUUCAUGCAUUCAUUCAAUCAUCUCUUUUUCCCUCCUCACCUGUGGCGUCAGGUCUGGAGAAGGAUGACGACAUGGUGUAAACAAAAAACUGGAGUGUGGGCCUUUCAAUCAGACUGUCUCUUUUGAAACAUGCACACAUCUCUGUGAGACAGAGCAUGACCACAGCAACGUACGCCUGAAACUGAGGUGUUGUUGCUACAUUGUGUGAUGUGUAUGUUCACUUCAGCUACCUAAUCCUGUGGAGGGAGUGUGAAAUGUGAAUAGAAUAGGAACAAGCGUUGUGUGACAGAGAGAGCUGUGCAGAAGAGCUGUCAGCCUGAUUACAACUGACAUCCCUAAUGAUGGCUGUAGCACUCUGCUCCUUCACCUCAUGUCCAACUUUAGCCCAAAUACCUCUUUAACACAGACAAGAUGAUCAUUCAAAACAUUAUUUGUGAGCUCUCUCAGCUCUUUUUAGAGAGUAAAGCAUCCCCUCAGACAGGACAAUUGCCAUCAUAUUCUGUCAUUGAGAAACUAAGUUAAGCAGCCAGAUUAUGCACACAGCACUCGUGUGUUUUUUCUAUUACAGAGACCGGCCUUGUGCUUGAGUCUUUUGUGCAGAAUGACACUGACAUCCAAAAAUGGCAGUUGGGUUGAGAUAUCCUUUUGAGGAUGUAUUCAUUUCUGUGAUUCUAUAAAUAUCAUCCUGAGCAUACAGAGGGAGGGUCCAGGCAAGCAAGAAAGGCUCAGUUACAGCAAUGUCUUUAGUCAAAUGGUGUUGUGGAGUUUUGAGGAACAAACUUUGUAACAAAAGAGUCUGGCAAAUAGGAACUAUACAAACAGUCACUGGUGUGCAGCAUUUGUUGCAGCCCAGCCCUUAAUGCUGCAUGUUAAUGGGAUAAAAAUCUCAAACUGACAAAUGGUCAUAUGACUUUCACUGCUCAAGGCAUUAGAAACAGAAGAAAAGACUAGAUAGAUGAAAAGGGAGGGUGUCUUACACAGUGAAGAGUGAAGAUUCAUUAACAUUCAGCACACAACAGUGAGACUCGCAGUAAAUACUGACAAAUCUUUGGAGUUGAGCCUCUCAUUAUAGUGGACAUCCAAACAAGCCAUAGUCUGUUUAAAUGGUUGCAACUCUUUCCUGUGUUGGAUGAAUGUUAACAAUGUCCUUAUUGCUUUUUAUAUCUUUUUUUUCUUGUUUUCUGAACUGCACUUUAUUGAUUUUUCUGUAUUAACUCCUCUGCUGUCUAGUGACCAUGCAAAUAAAAAUGUCAACAUACAAAAGUACCUAUUGGUUAAAACACAAUUUCCAAAGCACAACGCAUAAUGUCAAAAAGUAUCAAUGUCUUUAAGCACAAUAUGACACACUAGAGGUUUAAGCCAAAUACAGACACGUCAUUUAAUUUUCAGAAUCUUCCCCCAUCUUCAGGGAAUUAAUCACCUCUGUUUAGCUCGCACAAGUCUGUAUGCUGCCCUUACUGUGUCUGGGGAAAUGUUUGUUUUGUAAAGUUUCAUACUUUGUACCAGCUGACUUUGUAGAAUAGUAUCUUUGUGGUUUCCUGUUGUUCAACGCAUGUAGCGCUUUUAAACCUUGAAACACAGAACUUGUAAAUAUCAUCUAAGAAGCUAUAGGAAAACGUCUAUGAUCAGCAAUUUUGAAGCAGUUUUCUCCUUUUACUGACUGAUGCUUAAUAAAAGACAAUAAUCUGG